GCGUCGAACUUUGCGGGGUUAGGGGUUUCGCGACCCAACGGCCGAGGCCUCGGAGGGCACCGCCCACCGGGGCCCGGGGCCCACCGAUCCGGCGAAACUUCGCCGACAACCGGGAUCCCCAGCCGGGAUGCACUUCAGCACAGUCACCAGGGACAUGGAAGCCUUCACGGCCAGCAGCCUGAGCAGCCUGGGGGCCGCGGGGGGCUUCCCGGGCGCCGCGUCGCCGGGCGCCGACCCGUACGGCCCGCGCGAGCCCCAGCCGCCACGCUACGAUCCGUGCGCCGCCGCCGCCACCACCCCUGGCGCUCCGGGCCCGCCGCCGCACGCCUAUCCGUUCGCGCCGGCCGCGGGGGCCGCCACCAGCUCCGCCGCCGAGCCCGAGGGCCCCGGGGUCAGCUGCGCGGCCGCCGCCAAGGCGCCGGUGAAGAAGAACGCGAAGGUGGCCAGCGUGAGCGUGCAGCUGGAGAUGAAGGCGCUGUGGGACGAGUUCAAUCAGCUGGGCACCGAGAUGAUCGUCACCAAGGCCGGCAGGCGAAUGUUCCCCACGUUCCAAGUGAAGCUGUUCGGCAUGGAUCCCAUGGCCGACUACAUGCUGCUCAUGGACUUCGUGCCCGUGGAUGACAAGCGCUACCGGUACGCGUUUCACAGCUCCUCUUGGCUGGUGGCAGGCAAGGCAGACCCUGCCACUCCUGGCCGUGUGCACUACCACCCUGACUCACCAGCCAAGGGUGCACAGUGGAUGAAGCAAAUCGUGUCCUUCGACAAGCUCAAGCUGACCAACAACUUGCUGGACGACAAUGGCCACAUUAUCCUCAACUCCAUGCACCGAUACCAGCCCCGUUUCCAUGUCGUCUACGUGGACCCUCGGAAAGAUAGCGAGAAAUAUGCCGAAGAGAACUUCAAAACCUUUGUGUUUGAAGAAACUCGAUUCACCGCUGUCACUGCCUAUCAGAACCACCGGAUCACGCAGCUCAAGAUUGCCAGCAAUCCCUUCGCCAAAGGCUUCCGGGACUGCGAUCCCGAGGACUGGCCCCGGAACCACCGUCCAGGCGCGCUGCCGCUCAUGAGUGCCUUUGCGCGCUCGCGGAACCCCGUGGCCUCUCCCACGCAGCCCAACGGCGCGGAGAAAGACGCGGCCGACGCUCGGCGAGAAUUCGAGCGCGAUGCGGGAGGGCCGGCCAUGCUGGGCGACCCCGCGCACCCGCCGCAGCUGCUGGCGCGAGUGCUGAGCCCCGCGCUGCCCGGGGCCGGCGGCGCCGGCGGGCUCGUUCCGCUGCCCGGCGCCUCGGGAGGCCGGCCCAGCCCCCCGCACCCGGAGCUGCGCCUGGAGGCGCCCGGAGCCUCGGAGCCCCUGCAUCAUCACCCCUACAAGUACCCGGCCGCCGCCUACGACCACUACCUCGGGGCCAAGAGCCGGCCGGCGCCCUACCCGCUGCCGGGCCUGCGGGGCCACGGCUACCACCCGCACGCGCACGCGCACCCACACCAUCACCACCCGGCCGUGAGCCCGGCUGCGGCCGCCGCCGCCGCCGCUGCCGCCGCCGCGGCCGCCGCCGCCAACAUGUACUCGUCGGCCGGGGCCGCGCCGCCCGGCUCCUACGACUACUGCCCCAGAUAACGCGCGCCGCCGCCGCCGCGCUCGCCGCCCGGGCCCCAGGCGCCCCGCGCAGCCCCGAGGGCCGGCGGGGCCCCGUCCACCCGGCCCCAAGGGCCUUCCGAAGACUCCUGCUCCCCACCCCGGGGGCCACCGCGGGUCCCCCCCUUCCCCAGCCUCGAAGCCAUCGGGGUCCCACCAGCCCCCAGGACUACGGCAAGUCUCCGGUGCCCCCAGGCCCCAUAGUUCCCGCGGGUUCCUCCCCAGCCCCGAGGACCCACGGGGCCCACCCGCCAGUGCCAAAGCGCCCGAUCCGAGGCGGAAGGAAAUGCUAGUAUUUAUUGUUCUCCCCGAGAGCGCGUCGCCUCCGGCCCGGCCGGCAUCGCCGCGUAGACGACCCGACCGAGCCCCGCCCGCACGCGGUGUAGAUACGUGUAGAUAGCGUGUAGAUGCUGGAGAUGCCGCGCCGGCGCCGACUGGAUGG